AUGGCAGCGGCGCCGCCCGUGGUGGUGGCGAGGAGGAGGGAGGAGUGUGGCAGCAGCGGGGUGCCGCUGGCGAGCGUGUGGCGGGAGGUGCAGGGGGAGAGGGACUGGGAGGGGAUGGUGGGGACCUCGCCGGCGGCGCUGCACCCGCUGCUCCGCGGCGAGAUCGUCCGGUACGGGGAGCUGGUGGCGGCCACGUACAAGGCGUUCGACCUCGACGCCGGGUCCAAGAGGUACCUCAACUGCAAGUACGGCAAGGCGCGGAUGCUCGACGAGGUCGGAAUGGCCGGCGCCGGGUACGAGGUCACCAGGUACAUCUACGCGUCGCCCGACGUCGUCGCCGCGCUGCCCGGCGUCGGCCCCGCCGAGCCGUGCCCGAGCCGGUGGAUCGGGUACGUCGCCGUGGCGACGGACGAGGCGGUGCGCCGGCUGGGCCGCCGCGACAUCGUUGUUUCGUUCCGCGGCACGGUCACCGGCUCCGAGUGGGUCGCCAACAUGAUGAGCUCGCUGGCGCCGGCGCGGUUCGACCCGGCCGACCCCCGCCCCGACGUGAAGGUCGAGUCGGGCUUCCUCUCCGUCUACACCUCCGACGACGCCACCUGCCGGUUCACCUGCGGCAGCUGCCGGAACCAGCUCCUCUCCGAGGUGACGCGCCUCAUCAACAUGUACAAGCACGAGGACGUCAGCAUCACACUCGCCGGCCACAGCAUGGGCAGCUCGCUGGCGCUCCUCCUCGGCUACGACCUCGCCGAGCUCGGCCUCAACCGCCGCGCCGGCGCCGGCGCCGCCGUCCCGAUCACCGUCUUCUCAUUCGCCGGCCCAAGGGUCGGCAACACGGCGUUCAAGAACCGGUGCGACGAGCUCGGCGUGAAGGUUCUCCGGGUGGUGAACGUCAACGACCCGAUCACCAAGCUCCCGGGCAUAUUCUUCAACGAGAAUUCUAGGGUUCUGGGAGGCAGGCUGGAGCUGCCAUGGAGCAGCUCGUGCUACACCCACGUAGGGGUGGAGCUUGCCCUAGACUUCUUCGAGGCAAGAGACCCCGCAUGCGUUCAUGACCUUGAAGCAUACCUAGGGUUGCUCAAGUGCCCUAAGAUGAGCAAGGUGAUGAAAGAAGGGGAGGAUCUCCUCAGCAAGGCCAAGAAAUUUGUUGUUGAGCAAAGUUUUGACACUUGGAGGUGGCAAAUGGCUGCAAUUCAAGUUGGUGACUUGGUACAAGCACUAGGAAUGUAG